UCUCAACCUCUUGCCUUACUCGUGGGCAAAAAGAGAAGAAAGGAAAUAGAGAGGAACAUUUCCGAGGGGAGGGAAAAGGAGACGAGAGAGAGAUCAGAAUUAGCAAGCAGAGCAGGCGUUGAUAGACCAUCUCGGAGAAUCAAAUUCCAACUCACGCAGAAAAGUGUUUGUCUUGUUUUUGUUUUCUUCUUUCUGGAGGAGCUGAGAGUGAGAGGUUUUGAGAAGGGAAAGAAAGCUCAAUAUCUCUCCCUCUCUCACAAACUUACACUAUUGCGUGCUUCGUACGGUCUAUCAACUCCAAUCUGCAGAAUCGAAGAAUCCGACUAAAACCCACUUGUUUAUCUCUCUUUCCCCCCUCUCUGUGCUUGUCCUCUUUUCUGUUCUUCGAUUGUUUCACCUCUCUUCUUCUGGGCUCCUGUUUUUUCGGAUUUUUUGUCCGUAACUUUUUUCAGGUGUAGUUUGUAGGGUAUUACAGCCGGGUUUUAAAUUUCAAUGGAGACUGACAAUGGGGUUUCGGCGACUAAUGGGGUUGGGAGCGGCGGGUCGUACUGGCUGGAUGCUUGUGAAGACAUCUCUCUUGAUGAUUUAGACGCUACCAUCGCUCAGGUUCCACUUGAUUUUGCUUAUAAUCCGGAGAGUAAUCUUGGUAAUGAUUUCUUUGGUGGGAUUGACCACAUCGUUGACUGUAUUAAGAGUGGGAGUGGCCUGCCUCUUCCCGUUGAUCCUAACUGUGGCCGUGGGCUUCCUCUGCCCACGACUUGCUUUAGUAAUGGAGAGGGCAAUGUUCAUAGACAUAAUGGGGUGGGUAGAGACAAGCUUUAUUUCAAUGGUGUCAAGUUGGAGUGUUUCGAUAGUGGACCUAACAUGUUAGAGGUUAAAAGGGAAGAGAGCUUGUUGGUGAGCUCUAAUGGGAGAAAUGGAAAGACUGAAAAUGGAUUGGUGAGGCAAAGGAGCUAUGACGGUGGACAAAGUUGUGGGAAGAGGGCUAGGUUUAGUAAUGGCUGCCGAUACAGUAGACAGUAUGGUGAUAGGCAGCAUGACUCUAGAGAAAGGGAUGCUGGUUCAGGUAGGAAGAGGGGACGGGGUUGGAAUGAUAUAGAGCGGAGGGAUCAUAUUCGCAGAAAAGAUAGAUACGGUGGUAAUGGCAGGAGGGAUGGUAGAGAAAGGGGGUGUAGAGAGAUCGAUCAUAGGGGUUAUUGGGAAAGAGAUCGUUUGGGAUCGAACGAGAUGGUUUUCCGGCCAGGUACUUGGGAAGUGGAUCAUCACAAUGGUGAGCCAAUGGCUAAUGGUAAAAACCAGCCGGAGUCUGAUGAGAAGCGGGAGUUGAAAUCUGAAGAGCCUGGGGAGAAAGUUCCCGAGGAGAAAGCCCGCCAAUACCAGUUGGAUGUUCUUGAACAAGCCAAGAAGAAAAACACUAUAGCUUUUCUUGAGACCGGGGCAGGGAAGACACUAAUUGCUGUACUGCUCAUGAAAAGUAUAUGUAGCGACUUGCAGAGGGUGAACAAGAAAAUGCUCGCAGUAUUUUUGGUUCCCAAAGUUCCACUUGUUUAUCAGCAAGCAGAGGUUAUUCGUGAGCGUACUGGCUUCCAAGUUGGUCAUUACUGUGGUGAAAUGGGUCAAGACUUCUGGGACACUAGAAGAUGGCAGCGGGAAUUUGAAACAAAGCAGGUUUUAGUAAUGACAGCUCAGAUUCUGCUGAACAUCCUGAGGCACAGCAUAAUCAAAAUGGAAGCUAUAAAUCUUCUAAUUCUGGAUGAAUGCCAUCAUGCUGUUAAGAAACAUCCCUAUUCGCUUGUGAUGUCAGAAUUUUAUCAUACAACUCCAAGGGAGAAGAGGCCAUCUAUUUUUGGAAUGACUGCUUCUCCUGUUAACUUGAAGGGUGUUUCAAGCCAAGUGGACUGUGCAAUAAAGAUCCGUAAUCUGGAGAGUAAACUUGAUUCUGUUGUUUGUACAAUUAAAGACCGGAAAGAGCUGGAAAAGCAUGUCCCAAUGCCCUCAGAAGUUGUAGUGGAGUAUGACAAAGCUGCGAGCUUAUGGUCACUGCAUGAACAAAUAAAGCAAUUGGAAGUUGCUGUUGAAGAAGCAGCACAGUCCAGCUCUAGAAAAAGUAAGUGGCAAUUUAUGGGAGCAAGGGAUGCUGGCGCCAAAGAUGAGUUACGGCAGGUUUAUGGUGUCUCUGAAAGAACCGAGAGUGAUGGUGCUGCCAACUUAAUUCAAAAGUUGAGGGCAAUCAAUUACGCUCUUGGUGAACUUGGUCAGUGGUGUGCUUACAAGGUUGCUCUAUCCUUUCUGACGGCUUUGCAAAAUGAUGAGAGGUCAAACUACCAGCUUGAUGUCAAGUUUCAAGAAUCCUAUCUGGAAAAGGUUGUGUCCCUUCUAAAAUGCCUAGUAGCAGAAGGAGCUGCUGUAGGAAAAGUUCCAGAAGUUCCAGAGAAAGAAAAUACCAAUGCUCUAACUGUAACGAAUCCUGUAGAAAUGGAGGAGGGCGAGCUCCCAGACAGUCAUGUUGUGUCUGGUGGAGAGCAUGUUGAUGUGGUAAUUGGAGCUGCAGUUGCUGAUGGAAAAGUGACCCCGAAAGUGCAGUCACUGAUAAAGAUACUGCUCGGAUACCAGCACACAGAGGAUUUCCGCGCAAUCAUCUUUGUUGAGCGGGUGGUUACUGCUUUAGUUCUUCCCAAGGUCUUUGCAGAGCUUCCCUCUCUUAGUUUCAUCAGAUGUGCUAGCUUGAUUGGUCACAACAAUAGUCAAGAGAUGCGGACAAGCCAAAUGCAGGACACAAUCGCAAGAUUUCGGGAUGGCCGUGUGACUUUGCUGGUUGCUACUAGUGUUGCUGAGGAAGGACUUGAUAUUAGACAAUGCAAUGUUGUAAUCCGUUUCGAUCUUGCAAAAACUGUUCUGGCGUACAUUCAGUCAAGGGGCCGUGCAAGAAAGCCUGGUUCAGAUUACAUCUUGAUGGUUGAAAGGGCAAACCUAUCUCAUACAGCAUUUUUAAGGAAUGCCAGGAAUAGUGAGGAAACUUUGAGGAAAGAAGCAAUUGAGAGAACUGACCUGAGUCAUAUAAAGGAUACUUCAAGAUUAAUUUCUGUAGAUCCAGUACCAGGAACUGUUUACCAGGUGCCUUCAACUGGUGCUGUUGUGAGCUUGAAUUCUGCUGUUGGACUUAUCCAUUUUUACUGCUCCCAACUACCUAGUGACAGAUAUUCUAUUCUUCGCCCCGAGUUUAUUAUGGAAAGACACGAGAAACCAGGAGGUCCUACUGAAUAUUCGUGCAAGCUCCAACUUCCUUGCAAUGCUCCAUUCGAGAAGCUUGAGGGACCCAUCUGUAGCUCAAUGCGCCUUGCACAACAGGCCGUGUGUUUGGCUGCCUGCAAGAAGCUCCAUGAGAUGGGAGCAUUUACUGAUAUGCUCUUGCCAGACAAGGGAAGUGGGGAAGACAGAGAGAAGGAUAACGAUGAAAGUGAACCACUUCCUGGGACUGCUAGGCACCGAGAAUUUUAUCCUGAAGGUGUUGCUGAUAUACUUCAGGGUGAAUGGAUCUUGUCAGGAAAGGAUGAUUGUGCUGACUCAAAGUUGUUUCGGCUUUACAUGUAUGCUGUUUCAUCUGUUAAUAUUGGCACUUCAAAAGACCCUUUUAUAAGUCAAGUUUCAGAAUUCGCCGUGCUUUUCGGCAGUGAGCUGGAUGCAGAGGUGUUAUCGAUGUCGAUGGAUCUCUUUAUCGCUCGAACCAUGACAACAAAGGCAUCUCUUGUCUUCAAGGGAGCAAUGGAAAUUAAUGAAAAUGAGCUGGCUUCCCUAAAAACUUUUCAUGUUAGAUUGAUGAGUAUUGUAUUGGACGUGGAUGUUGAACCUAACACUACUCCAUGGGAUCCUGCAAAAGCAUAUUUGUUUGUCCCUGUGGUUGGCGAUAAGUCUGUAGAUCCUGUAGUUGAAAUUGAUUGGGAUCUGGUUAAAGAAACAUCUAAUUCGGAUGCGUGGAGCAAUCCCCUUCAAAGAGCUCGCCCUGAUGUCUAUCUUGGUACAAAUGAGAGGACACUUGGUGGAGAUAGGAGAGAGUAUGGAUUUGGAAAAUUGCGGCAUGGCAUGGCUUUUGGGCUAAAAUCCCAUCCAACUUAUGGCAUAAGAGGAGCUGUUGCUCAGUUUGACAUUGUCAAAGCUUCUGGAUUGGUUCCUAACCGAGAUGUGGAAGGAACACCAAUUGUAGGGUCAUCCAAAAGCAAACUCAUGAUGGCUGAUUCAUGCCUUCACGCCGAGGAUUUGGUAGGUAGAAUAGUAACUGCUGCUCAUUCUGGGAAAAGGUUUUUUGUGGAUUCUAUACGCUAUGACAUGACAGCAGAGAAUUCAUUCCCAAGGAAAGAAGGUUAUCUCGGUCCGCUUGAGUACAGCUCAUAUGCCGAAUAUUACAAACAAAACUUGAUAGCCUUCAUGCAUCUCCAUGUUGCUGUUGAAGAAUGCAGGGCCCUUCUCUCUAGUCUGUAGCUACUGUUCGGUGAAAUUUAUGGAAAUUUCACAAUUUGGUUUCACGUUGACAGUAGCUUAUGACUUUGGGGAAAGCGUUGCUUCUUCUUUUGCAACAGAGGGGUGCAUUAGGCUAUUGGGUCCCAUUUGUUCUUAUUAGGUAUGGAGUUGAAUUGAUGUACAAGUGUCAACCUUUGAUAAGAGGCCGUGGCGUUUCCUAUUGCAAAAAUCUCCUCUCCCCUAGGUUUGAACACUCUGAAGCUGGUGAUGGUGAAACAGAGGAGUGUCAUGACAAAACAUACUAUGUGUUUCUUCCUCCCGAGCUGUGUUUAGUGCACCCUCUUCCUGGUUCUCUGGUUCGGGGUGCUCAGAGACUACCGUCAAUUAUGAGAAGGGUUGAGAGCAUGCUCCUUGCUAUCCAGCUCAAGCACAUAAUUAAGUACCCUAUUCCUGCUUCAAAGAUCUUGGAAGCUUUGACUGCUGCUUCAUGUCAAGAGACAUUCUGUUACGAGAGAGCAGAGCUUUUGGGAGAUGCCUACCUAAAAUGGGUCGUCAGUCGAUUUCUUUUUCUCAAGUACCCCCAGAAACAUGAGGGCCAACUUACAAGAAUGAGGCAGAAAAUGGUCAGCAACAUGGUUCUGUAUCAAUAUGCACUGAUCAAAGGCCUUCAGUCUUACAUCCAAGCCGAUCGUUUUGCUCCAUCUAGGUGGGCCGCUCCUGGAGUUUUGCCUGUCUUUGAUGAAGAUACAAAGGAUGAACACUCGUCCUUAUUCGUCGAGGAGAAAUCAGGUGUGUUGGAGAAAAAGCCAGUAAUAGAAGACAGUCAUGUUGUUGAUGAGUAUGAAGAAGAUGAACUUGAAGAUGGAGAGCUUGAGAGCGACUCUAGCUCUUACCGAGUACUCUCUAGUAAAACACUGGCAGAUGUGGUAGAGGCUUUAAUUGGAGUUUACUAUGUUGAAGGUGGGAAAAUUGCAGCGAACCAUCUUAUGAAGUGGAUAGGAAUACAGGUAGAGUUUGAUUUUGAAGAGACAGAUGGGGUAAUUCAGUCAACUAAAGUACCUGAAAGUAUUAUAAGGAGUGUUGAUUUUGACAAACUUGAAGGUGUUCUGAAUCACAAAUUCAGCAAACGGUCCCUAUUGGUAGAGGCCAUAACUCAUGCUUCUAGACCGUCUCCUGGAGUUUCCUGCUACCAAAGGCUGGAGUUUGUUGGUGAUGCAGUCUUGGAUCAUCUCAUUACACGGCACUUGUUCUUCUCAUAUACAGAUUUACCUCCAGGUCGAUUGACAGACUUGCGUGCUGCUGCUGUAAACAAUGAAAACUUUGCCCGUGUUGCAGUAAAGCGUAAGCUCCAUGUGCACCUCCGUCAUGGAUCGAGUGCACUAGAAAAGCAGAUACGGGAUUUCGUAGAGGAAGUUCAAAACGAAGUGUCGAAGCUGGAGUUCAAUUCUUUUGGAUUGGGAGACUGCAAAGCUCCAAAAGUUCUUGGUGAUAUUGUGGAAUCAAUUGCUGGUGCUAUCUUCCUCGACAGCGAACUGGACACUGGAGUUGUUUGGAAGGUUUUCCAGCCUUUAUUGGACCCAAUGGUGACGCCCGAGACACUUCCGAUGCAUCCAGUGAGAGAGCUGCAAGAGCGAUGCCAGCAGCAGGCUGAAGGCCUGGAAUACAAAGCCACUCGAACUGGCAAUGUGGCCACUGUCCAAGUUUUCAUAGACGGGGUCGAGGUGGGAGUUGCUCAGAAUCCUCAAAAGAAGAUGGCACAGAAACUUGCUGCUAGAAAUGCACUAGCUAUUCUCAAGGAGAAGGAAACUGCUGCUGAUGAAGACAAGGUCGAUCAAGACGAGGAGGGGAUGAAGAAGAAUGGGCACCAUACUUUCACGAGACAGACCUUGAACGACAUCUGCCUGCGUCGGAACUGGCCUAUGCCUUUCUAUCGGUGUGUUAGUGAGGGUGGCCCGGCGCAUGCAAAGAGGUUCACGUUUGCUGUUCGAGUGAAUACGAAUGACAGAGGGUGGACCGAUGAAUGCAUCGGAGAGCCGAUGCCAAGUGUGAAGAAGGCCAAGGACUCUGCUGCGGUUCUUCUCCUUGAACUCCUCAACAGACGGUACUCCUAAUGUCCAACAGCAUAUAUACGGCGGUAAUGGAGAAUUGUUGUGUAAUAAAAGCAGAACAGCACUGUAAUCUGCUGCGGCUAAGUUCUAAUCCGUCGCUGCCUAACCGACUUUUUGGAAUGGGCAAUCUAGCAAGCAAAACAUGGAUUCUUGUUCUUCUCUCUUUGUCCACACACACA